AACACCUCGACAGCUCCCUCCCCUGAAAAGAAAAGAACUUGCGCAAGAAGUCAGUACUACAUAUAACUCAAACCAAAGCCCCUCUCCCCCCACUCUCUCUCGGGUCUUUGAUUUCUCUGCAUUUCUUGGAGCCCAUACUUUCAUCGAUCUUCACAUUAUUAGGGUUUGUUUUUUCACUAAUUUUUGAGGACAUGGAUCUUAUAGAAGCCGAUCUAAGCGCCCCUCACUCCAUGGGCACGACCAUCAUCGGCGUCACUUACAACGGGGGCGUUGUUCUCGGAGCCGACUCUCGGACGAGCACUGGAGUGUAUGUUGCUAACCGCGCUUCUGACAAGAUUACGCAGCUAACUGACAAUGUCUAUGUUUGUCGCUCCGGAUCGGCUGCGGAUUCACAGAUUGUUUCUGACUAUGUGCGCUACUUCCUUCAUCAACACACGAUACAGUUAGGGCAGCCUGCAACUGUCAAGGUUGCUGCAAACCUUGUCAGGCUACUAUCCUAUAGUAACAAGAACAUGUUACAAACUGGCAUGAUCGUUGGUGGGUGGGAUAAGUACGAAGGUGGUAAAAUUUAUGGAAUUCCUCUUGGUGGAACACUAAUAGAGCAGCCUUUUGCCAUUGGAGGAUCUGGCUCUAGUUACUUGUAUGGUUUCUUCGAUCAAGCAUGGAAAGAAGGAAUGACCAAGGAUGAAGCUGAGCAAUUGGUGGUGAAGGCAGUUUCCCUUGCCAUUGCACGAGAUGGUGCUAGUGGUGGUGUUGUUCGCACCGUGAUUAUAAAUUCUGAGGGAGUGACAAGAAACUUCUAUCCUGGGGACAAACUUCCAUUGUGGCAUGAGGAAUUGGAGCCGCAGAAUUCACUGUUGGACAUACUCAACACUUCCAGUCCUGAGCCAAUGAACAUUUGAUCUCAACGUUGAUAGGCCUCUCUCUGGCUACACCGUUUAUUUCUCGUUUUGCUACAAUCUAUGUUUCAGGAACAGGAUUUUAAUCUUUUUAUCUUGGAUACAUAUGUUGGUGGAUAUAUUUAUGAUUCAGUCUAAAUGGGUUUAAGUUGGUUGCUA